AGGGAGUGAGGGAGGUGAGGGAGGUACAGGGGCAGCCAGGCUCGGCUGGCAGCAUGGAGUGCCAGCAUCACCCGCAGGGGACAGGCGAGGAGGGAUCUCCGCCGCUCUGGGCACAUCCCCGAGGGACCGAAUGCCUGCGAAUCCCCUGGGUGAUGCGGCUCCAGCGGGAAUCCCUCCCCGGGAACCCCGGCGGGGAUGCCCUCGCCUCAGCCCGGCCCCAUCCCCGCUGCCCCCGCCCGGAGCAUCCCCCGCGGGGCGUGCAGAGCCCCCAGCCCGCGGGGAAGGAAGGACGAGCCCCGUCCGGCUGCGGCUUCCUCCGCAAGCCCUGCCUCGGUGCACGGUGCCCGCCCCCGGCCCUCCCCCGGCUCUCCCGGCUCCGAGCGCCCCGAGCCGGCCGGGCCGAGCCCAGCCGAGCCGCGCCGCCUCCGGGGGAGCCCCCCGAGCGCAACAGUUGCCCCCGAGCCGCGGCCACCGCCCCCCGAGCCCGGGGCACCCCCGGGGGACCCCUCGGCACCGGGAGGAGGCUGCGCGGAGGAGCCGCCGCCGCUCGGCGGAGGCAGCGCCCGGAGCUGCCCGGAGCCGCUCGGAUCCGGCGGUUCUGCCUCUCCCGGCCAUGGAGCGGAGCGGAGGGGCCGAGCCGCGGCUCCUCCCGGCCGGGCGAAGCCGCCCCAUCCUCCGCCUGCGGGAGCGGAGCCGCCCCGGCGCCGGGCAGCGGCCCCUCUGCUGAGCCCCCCAGCCCCAACCCGCACCCCCAAACCCUCCCGGGCAUCCUCGGAACCUCCCGCGCAUCCCACGCCUCCGUGCAUCCCCCGAACCCCCCUCCCCUUUGUCCCCUCCACCCCGCCGUGUCCCCCCGGCAUCGCCACCCCCUCGCAUGCGGCCCCGGGGCUGCGGGAGCCGCUGGCCAUGGGCACCAAGCAGACCAAGGGCUGCCAGCCGGGCAGCGCCGGGGAGAGCCCCCCGGGCCACCACCGCAAGAAGGUGGCCCCCAGGGAAAGGGGAGAUUUCCUGGCUUCCCUCGUGGCCAAGUCCGGCGAGAAGUUCGGGAAGGGCGCUGGCCCCGGCUUGCCCCCGUACCACCGGCGGAUCUGCAUGAUCCAGGACAUGCUGCUGCUGGUCAAGCAGGGCAAGCAGGAGGAGGCCACCGAGCUGCUGAAGAACCUGCGGCAGGAUUUAGGGAUGGAGUCGACCUCUCUGGAUGAUGUUCUCUAUCGUUACGCCAGCUUCCGAAACCUGGUGGAUCCCAUCACCCACGACCUGAUCAUCAGCCUGGCGAGAUACAUCCACUGCCCCAAACCGGAAGGGGACUCCCUGGGAGCCAUGGAGAAGCUCUGCAGGCAGCUCACCUACCACCUGAGCCCCCACUCGCAGUGGAGACGCCAGGGCAUCAUGAAGAGGAAGCCGCAGUCCUGCUUGAAGGCCGUGCUGAUGGGGAAGCCCCAGGACAACACCGUGGACUUGUCUGGCAUCCCUCUGACCCUGAAGGACCUGGAGAGGGUCACGUCCUACCUGGAGCACAGCUCGGAGCACAUCGACACGGUGGAGCUGUGCUUCACCGAGCUGACGGACGAGAUGCUGCUGCAGCUGCUGCCCGCGCUCUGCGGCCUGCCCCGCCUCACCACGCUGGCCCUCAACGGCAACCGCCUCACCAAGGCCAUCCUGAGGGACCUCACCGAGACCCUCAAGGACCCCAAGAAGUUCCCCAGCGUCACCUGGAUCGACCUGGGCAACAACGUGGAUAUUUUCUCGCUGCCCCAACCCUUCCUGGUCAGCCUGAAGAGGCGCUGCCCCAAGCAGGGCAAUUUGCCGACCAUCCUGGAGUUCGGGGAGGGGCAGGUCAGUGAUCUGGAGGGGCAGGAGGGGCUGGGGGACAGCCAGGAGGACCUGAGGGCUGGGCCAGGCCAGGCUGGCAGCACGGACUCGGAGCAGACAGACAGAACAGCCAGGGCUGGGGAGCUCCCUGCUGCCACACCACAGACAUGAUGUCCAGCCCUCGGGUGGGCACCUUGAGCAAGGAUGACUUAAAACCUCCGAGUUGGGGGGGUCUGUUCCCGCUCCUGGAUGCUCCAGGAGUCCCAGCCGCUGCCUUCCCCCUGUGCCACGAAUGUCAGAGAUUUUCUUCUCGAAGAACACAUAAAAGUGAUCACGUAGAGUGUUUGUAUUUUCUAAAAGCUGGCCAGGUGUUUUGAAGCAUUAGUGGUGUGCUGUGCUUUUGGCUCUCUCAGAAAUGCAUCUCCAAGGGGCUGCAAAACCUCAGAAGGGCAAGAAAAGGGAGCAGGGAUGUGCCCAGGCUGUGCAGGGAAGGGCUCUCCUUCCUCAGUGCUGGAUUUCAGCUGCUCUGAUGGACAGACAGCAGCCACCCCAAGGGGACCUGCCUGGGAUAAACCUUCAAUGCUUCCCACUCCUGACUUCAGGAAUCACUGGUGAGAGGCGUGGCUGCUGAGACACAACAAAAAUCUGCUCACACACAAACCAGGGGUUAAAAAUCUGCUCAUAUUAACCAGGGGUGCUCCUCUCAAUAUUGUGAGCCCAGCCCAGGGGGAGAGCUUUGUUUUCCUGAGGCAGGGUUAAAUCCCAGCCUGCACAGUGCCUGGACAACAAACACCCUCCAGCCUUACCAAACCCAGGCUGGCACCUGUGCCUGCCCAGGAUUUAUUCAGUGAAACCCAGCUGUAAAAACUCCUGAGCUUUUAAUGGGAGCAUCUGAUCCAUUCUGGGAGAGACACACAGGAGGCUCAGGAGCAUCACUGACAAAAAGAGACCGUGGUACUGAAGGGUUAAAAGAGGUAAAACAAAGCUGGGGUUCAUCUCUCUCUCACUGCCACACAGCCAGCUGGGAUUUAGAGCCUCAGAAAGCCUUGGGGUCACUUGGCUGUGGCUGUUGCCCCCUGGACCAGAAGUGCUUCAUUUCUAAAAUGUUCCAGGUGUUUCUAAGACAGGGGUUUGGGUUUAUUGCAUUUUCCAUGGGAAAUGGAUCACCCCAGAGCAGCAGUGCUGGAAUGUGCACUUUGGCUUUUUGAAGCCAGAAUUUCAUUGGAUCCCAAACCUGGGGGAGGGCAGGAAAGUGGGAAAAACUUCCUCUCCUUCGUGUUCCAAGGAGGAGACCUGACUCCCUUUGCAGAGGGAGCCUCUUUCUGUCCCUUCCCCUGAGCAGCUCCCAGCUUGGCUUUUUUUGGGUGCAAACAGACUUUUGGUCCCAUUGGCUCUGUCCAUUUUUCCAGAGGGGCUUCAGGCUGCCAGUGAUUGUUUGUCCUCCAUUUACAAGAAGGUAACUUAGAAAAAACUCUGCUACUUUUAAUACAUUUGGCAACACUCAGUAUGAUUUGCAUGUAUCCAAGCCUUUUUCUUUUCCUUAUUGUUGUUUUGUUUUGUUUUAAUUCUAACUCUUUCCAACAGGCAUGAAAAAAACAGAAAAAAACUUUCCAGUGAAUAUGGAAUAUUUCUGUUUGAAAUAAAGGAGCUAUCCAUAAG